AUGUGUGCACGAGCCAGUCUGUCUCUCCCUCUUCGCAUGAGUUUUCCCUCUUUCCGUGAGUGCUCACUGCUCCCUCUUCAUGUGGGUGCUCACUGCUCCAUCUUCUUUCUCUCUCUCUGCACCACCUUUGGAGGCUUGCAUCUGCAGGUGCUCUCGCCCUCUGCACUCAUGCUUGCCAACCUCCUCACGCUGCUCUCGCAGCUACUCUUUGUCUUCCUCAGCGGUGCAGGUGGGUGCUCGUGUGUGCAUGAUGGUUCUGAGGCGUUGGGAGUUUCACCGUUUCUAUUUCCUCUUGCACGGUUUGCCCUGGUAGGGCUGAACUCUCACGAGCUGGUGAACGUAAAACUUGCACUCUCCGUGCGCCUCUUCCUCCCCUCCCCCUCCGGGGAGGUGCACUGCUGUCUCCACAACCUGCAGCUAGUGAGAUCCGAGCUGCCCUACAUGCGCUUUGGCUUCAUGCUGUGGCACAUAGUGGACGAAUCCAGUCCUCUGCAUGGCCUCUCCCUCAACGACAUGCUGGCAGCAGAUACAUCCUUCUCCCUCACCAUCUCCGGCCUUGAACGCACCACCAUGCAGCCAGUCUUUGUGGUCAAGGUCAGUCAAUGCAGUCAAGUCAAGGUAAGUCACCCCUUUCCUCUGCUGUUCUCCGCACGGUUCUCCGCACUGCACCCCUUUCUGCUGCUGUUCUCUGCACCCGUUUCCUCUGCUGUUCUCUGCACCCGUUUCCUCUGCUGUUCUCUGCACCCGUUUCCUCUGCUGUUCUCUGCACCCGUUUCCUCUGCUGUUCUCUGCACCUGUUUCCUCUGCUGUUCUCUGCACCCGUUUCCUCUGCUGUUCUCUGCACCCGUUUCCUCUGCUGUUCUCUGCACCCGUUUCCUCUGCUGUUCUCUGCACCCGUUUCCUCUGCUGUUCUCUGCACCCGUUUCCUCUGCUGUUCUCUGCGCCCGUUUCACCUGCUCUUCUCUGCACCCCUUUCCUCUGCUGUUCUCCGCACCCUCUACUGUUCCCUGCAACCUCUUCUGUUCUCUGCAUCCCUCCAUUGUCUGCUGCACCCCUCUCAUUCACUGUUCUCUGCCUGCAAUGCUCCUCACGCUGCUGCUCACUGCAGGAGUACUACGCCUACGAUGGGGAGGUGCUAUGGGAAUAUGA